UGAAAUUUGAGCCUUUUAUCCCCCUAGACUAAAAAUAUCCUGGAAGAACUUGAUAAAAUAGAUCAGACAGAACCUUCACCUCGAGUGGCAUAACUCUAAAACAAGUAGAGAGUACUUAGGAUGGGAUAACAUAUUUUAAUGGAGAAAUGCUGCCAUUUUAAGUGCCUUUUUGAUUGUUUAAAGUUUCUUGUAACAGAACCUGAAACAUGAGUCAUUGCCAGGAAGGGAAACACCCACUACAGCUUUUUUGUGAGAAGCAGAGGUUCCCUAGCUCAAAAAAAUGAAACUUAAACUUUGCACUGCCCUGCAGGAGCCAUGGCAGCACAGAACCCUAUAGGAAACCUCCAGGAUGAAGCUACCUGCCCCAUCUGCCUGGAGUAUUUUACUCAACCUGUCACUCUGGAGUGUGGGCAUAACUUCUGCCGAGACUGCAUCACCCAGUGCUGGAAUAGAUUACAGCCCAAGUGCUUCUGCCCCCAGUGCAGGCAAGAUGUGCAGCAGAAAAACCUCAGGCCCAACAGGCAGCUGGAGAACAUCUUAAAGAUAGCCAAACAGUUGACCGUGCAGGCAGUUAAAGGGGCAGGAGGGAAGGAGGUGUGCCAGGAACAUCAGGAGCCUCUGAAACUGUUCUGUGAGGAGGAUCAAACCCCCAUCUGCGUGGUGUGUGACAGAUCCCGGAGUCACCGAGCUCAUGCUGUGGUUCCCAUUGAGGAGGCUGCCAAGGAGUACAAGGUAGGGAAUGUCUAUCCAGUGUAAUGUGAAGUAUCUUAAUGUUAAUACCAGCUUUGCUUCAUCAUAAGCUGCCUGCUACAAGCAUUGGUGUGAUUUCAUCUUCCAGAUCUGUAAAACCAUCAGUGAAUGAAAGAUGCAAUAAGUGAGAAAUGGCAUUGCAGAGUGGGAACAGAGAUGGACGAUGAAAACCUGAAAGAUCUCUGAUACAGGAUGCUGAAGCCUUAAACUUGCUUCCCUAGCUACUAUCAAACUAUGAAACCCUUUGUGAAACAGUGCCCUUCUAGCAAACUUUUAACUGAUUAGGGAGAUUCAAGUGGCAG